CGUCCAGCCCUGCGUGGUACGGCUGAGGCCGAGGCUAUUUCAGGAGGAGCCGGAGGAGCCCAGCUGCCAUUCAGAAGCUCGGCGCUGAAGACCACAGGCAUGGAGUUUGUGGAGGUGUUCGACUCUCCGGGGAAGGGCAGGGGUCUUCGGGCCGUCAAAGAGCUCUGGGCCGGAGACGUUCUGUUCGCUGAACCUCCUUUCUCUUCAGUUGUGUUCGACAGCCACGCCGCCGGCGUCUGUCACAGCUGUUUCCGGCGGCAGGAGAAGCUCCAGCGCUGCGGUCAGUGCCGCUUCGCUCAGUACUGUGAUAAAACCUGUCAGAGAGCGGCCUGGGAAGAGCACAAGAUGGAGUGUGCUGCCGUCAAGAGCUACGGUAAAGCACCCAACGAAAACGUGCGCCUGGCCGCUCGGAUCUUGUGGCGUGUGGAUAAGGAGGGGAGCGUGGUGUCCGACACGCAGCUGACCGCUCUGGAGGAGCUGGAGGACCACAUCUACGACAUCUCCGAAGACGACCUGAAGGACUUCAAAGUGGACAUACACAACUUCCUGGACUACUGGCCGCGCUCCAGUAAACCUCACACGGUGGACGACGUCUCACACGUCCUCGGAGUGAUCAACUGUAACGGCUUCAUGGUGAGCGAUCAGCGAGGGCUGGCGGCCGUCGGAGUCGGUCUGUUCCCGAACCUGUGUAUGGUGAAUCACGACUGCUGGCCUAACUGCACCGUCAUCCUCAACAACGGCAAUCAGUCUGCUGUUGAUUCUAUGUAUCACUCUCAGAAGAGGAUCGAGCUGAGGGCGCUGGGAAAGAUCAGCCCCGGGGAAGAAGUGACCGUGGCGUAUGUGGACUUCCUGAACCUGUCUGAAGACCGCCGGCGCUUGCUGAAGCAGCAGUAUUUCUUCGACUGCACCUGCGAGCAUUGCACCAACAAAACCAAAGACGACCUGAAGAUGGCCGGAGCAGAGCCGGAGGGAGAGAAGGUUCCAGAAGAAAAGGUGAAAGAAGUGACAGAGUACAGCCGGACCAUGCUGGAGAAGAUGGAUAAGGCCCGGAUAGAUGCAAACUACAACGAGGUGGUGAAGAUCUGCCGCGAGUGUGUGGAGAAGCAGGAGAACGUUCUGGCCGACACACACAUCUAUCAGCUGCGCAUGUGGAGCACGCUCAGUGAGGUGCUGUCCUACCUGCAGUUCUUCGAGGAGGCCUCGACAUUCGCUCGCAAGAUGGUGGAGGGAUACAUGAAGCUGUACCAUCCUAAUAACGCUCAGCUGGGAAUGGCCCUGAUGAGGGCCGGCGUCACACACUGGCAGGCUGGCUUCAUCGAGGUCGCUCACGGCAUGAUCUGCAAGGCCUACGCCAUCCUGAUGAUCACCCACGGCCCGAUACACCCCAUCACCAAAGACCUGGAGGCCAUGCGCAUGCAGACGGAGAUGGAGCUGCGCAUGUUCAAGCAGAACGAGUACGUUUAUCACUCCAUGCGUGAGGCGGCGCUGAAGAACCAGCCCAUGAGGAUGAUGGCAGAACCGGCCUCCGAGAGCAUCAAGAACCUGUUCCGCAAAAAGUGAACACGCUCGGCAAUACUCACGAUAAAGGUGCUUCGUUAAGAUCGCAAAAUAUUUUCUUACUUUUCUAGCAUAAAUAUAGAAACAUUUAGAAAUGAGUCGAGAUGCAUUUACUUUAAAAAAAGCAAAAACAUCUGUACAAAAAAUCUUCUUAAUUCAAAGGCUAAAAAAUAUAUUUGUAACAUUUUUUUUAUUAAUCGCAUCCAAGCUAAAAGUUCAUGUUUGCAUAAUAUUUGUGUGUUUACUGUGUGUUUUUAUAAUGCAUAUAUAAAUACAAUCACAUGCAUGCAUAUAUUUAAGAGAAAUGUUUAUGAUAUGAUAUAUAAAAUAUACGAGUAUUUUCUAAAUAUAUGCAGUAUAUAUCCAUAAUAAACAUACACAGUACACAUGCAUGUCUGAAGUAAACUACAACUUAUUCUGGACGUGAUUAUUUUCAUCAUUCAAGGACGUUCAGAUAGUUAUACUAGAAAACAAGACACUGAGUCAGAGAAAGAUUUUUUGCAGUGUUUAACUGAAUUAAGGAUCUUUUAAGCAGUUUUAUUUUGAGAGCGUGUAGAGUAUCACGCCUCGAUCCGUCACAGAUACAGAUUUUCUAGGUUGGUUUCUCCACACGGUGAUUUUUUUAGACUUGUGAGUGUCAGGUUUUUUUGUAAUUAAACUUCUUCAGCUUUAAA